GAGAGGAAUUUUUGGCAUGCACUCAGCGAACUCAUUUACUGUACGUCGUUCUCUUCCCAUACGCCGCAUGGAUCGACAAGCAUGGCAUGGCAAUUGGCAAAUGUACAGAGGUCACUCACAGAACCACGACAGCACAGCUGCACAGCCGCCGAAUAUACUAGUCGUUCAGCAGUGUUUUUUUUUCUCAUAAUAAACACAAUAAAUCAGUAAACAGUAACUUCAGCCAUGACUUGCGUAUCCUGCCUGCCACGUGAUGAACCUGAACCAGCGCAUGCUCAUGCUCAUGCUCAUGGCUCAUGCCAAAAUGCCAUGACUGACCUCACUCACAGUCACAGCCAGAAUCGUGCCCACCAUAUUCUCUGUCUGCCGGCAUUUGAUCCACACCCACACACGAACUCCAAAUGAACUGCUCAGACAAUGCAAAUAAUCCGGCGCUGCACUGCACUGCACAUGCUCCUCCGGGCGACACGCACGCACGCCGCCCCGACUCCGAUAGGACGAAUGGACGGAGCAGAAUCGUCCACCGAGGGCGAGCUAGCCUAGGAGAAGAAACUGAUCCGUCACCGUCCGUCACGCAGCAGAGCUCGCCAUGUGCGCGCCUGCCGCUGCGCCUUGUGCGGUUGUGCCCUUGUCGUCUGUUUCUUCCACAGUGGUGGCGGUGAAAAACUGGGAAGAACAGCCGUGCCGGGAGCUAGCCCCGGCUGCCAGCGAUGAGGUAUUGAGGUCCAUGCCGUCCUCGACAUUCCCUGCCCCUUGUUCUGGUCCACGCUAGCUCAAGACCUGAAACUGAAGCUGAAGCCGGCCGGUCCGGUGGCGGUGGAUGAGGAGGCUGACGAUGAUGGCGAUGCGUGCCUGACAGCCAUCACAUGCCCGUCGCCCACAAUCAUCAGCCCACACAUGACCUGUUCACCGGGAGCAUCGCAUUGCAUUGCAUGCUGGUGCUGGAGUGCUGGUGCUGGUGCAGGGCCAGCCACGACCUCCCCCGCCCGGCAGCCCUUCAUAAAUCCACGGCCCUCUUCUCUCUGUCUCUCCCUCCUCAUCACAUAGCUGAGCUGCCCACGAGCAGAGCAACAUUACACUCCUCUCAACCGAACCGAAUCCAAUCCACCCAUAGAUCAUGCAAGCAUACUCCGUACACUCUGCUCUGCACGCGCUUUCUCUUCUGCCUGCCAACUUCCUCCUGGCCUGAGUAAUACAUCCUAGACUAGAUAGCCUGUCAAUGGCGCCAAGUCCGAGGGGAUCAAUCCAUACCUCGGCUGCAAAAGGAGCUUCCUUAGCUUUCCAGAGCACAAGAACUAGCCAAAAAUGCCGACUAGAAUGGCAAAGGCCUUCUCCCAUGAGGCCACGGAAUUUGGCGGCCAGAUGGGGUGCGUGGCCAGCAUGCUCCACAUCUUCGACCGCCGCCGCCUUCUCACCGGCCGACGACAUGGUGACUGCCCUGGAACCAAGGACGAGGACGAACUGCCUCCAGCAGGCCAUACUCUGCCGGUUAGCAGCACGCAUGCCCCGGUGCAAAGCACAGCUAAUCCAAACAACACUGUGGAGAAAUCGUUCAGCAAAAGCAAAAGCAAAAGCAUGACUGAGAACAGUACCUUCUCAACAGAAUCAUCGAGAGCAUCUUCAGCAUCGUCGUCCUGCUCUUCAUUAUCACCCCUGGCCAACAGCAAACCAGUACAGCAGAAGCUCCCUUGCAUCAACGAGAAGCAUGUCGUAGCAAGGAGUAGGACAAUGAGGAGCUCGCGAAGCUUUAAGUCUUCAGAUACAGAGGUCAAAUCCAUACAGCAAAAAACUGAUUUUAGAGAUGUCGUGAAGGACUCCAUCAACCAGGACUCUCGUGUCCUGGCCAUCAAGACUAAAAUGAUGGAACAGAGAGAUGGACUGCACAAAGACUCACCAAGGCCACUGCUUAUAUCCAAAUCAACAGAUGGAACUUAUGUGAUUGCUGUUGAUAGGAGCAAUGUGCCUCCUGCAUAUGUCAAUGAAUCUAGCAGGCAGCAACGUUUAUCAUGUGAUGAUCGACAGCUGCUGCUGCAGGUAGAAGCUCAAGACAGCAAGAUGCCUUCAUCCAAGCACAUGGAGCUUCCUAGGCUGUCCUUGGACAGUAGGAAUGAGUCUGUCAAGUCAAGUUUGCAUCAGAAGAACUUUGGUUAUGCAAGAACCGAUGACAGUCUCAUUGAUAAUUUGAAAUACCAAGAAUCCCCGAGCCAUCGGCGGGCCAGUGCUGUCGUUGCAAAGCUCAUGGGAUUGGAAGAGACUCUCGAUGCCCCUGGGUCUGCAAGAUCACACAGACCAGACCGUCACACUCGAAAUAAUUACCUGCCACACACCUCCAGGAGUAUCUGCCAUGACCUCAGUACAUUGCAGCCGAAGAUUCAGCCUACAAUACUGAAAACCAAACCUUCUCCGAGAAUUGUCCCUGAAGCUGCAGCUUGGAAGCAGCAGAAGAUAAAUACAGCUAGAUAUUAUUCUAAAGAAGGGCCAAGUUCUACAUCCAUAAACGAUAACGUAGAGAGGCUCAUCAAUCUCACAUCGUCGGAAUGUAGUAAGGAUUUGAGGGCUCUUAGGAUACUCAGUGAGCUACACGCAAAGCGGAGUGAUUACAAUGCCAGAUCACUGAACACUCAGAAGGCAGCAGCUGGACAAACCAAUAGUGCUCAACACUUCCAGUCUCCAGUUGUAAUCAUGAAGCCGGCGAGAGGUAUCGUGAAAAAGAAUGCUUCAGUUGCUACCCUUGCAGGGACAAAAGUCCACAGAAAGUUGCGGCAUGAAGAGAGCACUUUCACCACGAAGACCGACAACAGUGACAGGACGAAGACCCAUUCUCACAAUCAAAGAGCUCAUUCCAGGCGAGAGGAAGAUGUGGGCAGCACAAGUUCACCAAAGCCUUCUAGAAUUUUGAGCCCAAGACUUGUGCGGAAGUCAGACUGUGGAAGGAUCACUCAGCUGACAGUUCCACUGAUGUCCCCAGCCAAGACAUCCAAAGAAGUAUCUCCAAGAGGCAAACUAAGAUCAAGGGCUUCACAAUCAAAUAGCAUCUGUGGCCAUGAUAAAGCCAUGAUUACUGAAAGCAAAAUCAGUUUAUCAAAGCAGGUAGAUACGAACAUUAUUAAUUAUUCAAAUACUCUUAAUGUCAACACAACAUCCAUCCAUCAAAGCAAUACAACUUCAACAUCGAAUUAUGAGGAAACACUUAUCCUAUGUACUGACAAGAACAUCCAUCCACUGGAGAACAUACCGAGUCCUGUAUCAGUCCUUGAUGCCACAUUCUAUCAAGAUGUGAUGUCGCCUUCUCUGAGGGGCAUAUCAAAUUCUUUCAAAAAUGUUGCGCCACUUACAUUACAUGAGUGCUGGAACUCAAUAAGCCUCCCUGACACACCAACAUUGAAGAAAAGUACCGAGAGUAACCACAUAAUACCAGAAAACAUGAAAGCCCUCAUCCAAAAGCUAGAGCUCUUGCAAUUGUUGAGUGACGAGGCUCCAAGAACAAAUGACAAUUCGUUAAUACUCACUGCCAAUAAAGAUCGUCAUUAUAUUUAUGAAAUACUCUCAGCAUCUGGCCUCUUGCACAAUGAACUAAAGUUCAGGAUAAUGCCCUGCUUGUUCCAGCAGCCAAGCCACCCAAUCAAUCCAGAGCUUUUUCUUAUCCUUGAACAAGCAAAACCAACUGCAGGGAAGCUUCACCGCAAACUAAUUUUUGAUCUUGCAAUUGAAAUCAUUGCUAAGAAAAUAUACAGUGGCAGUUCAGUGAGACAACCAUUGCAGUUCAUUCAAUGCAAGAAAUCAAGCGGAUGGCAUCUUUUCAAGGAAUUAUGUUCAGAGAUUGAAAUGCUCCGAUCUGAGGCCUCAGCAAUAAGAUUAUCUGAAGAGGAAGAUGAAGAGAGCAAGCUAGCAAAGAAUGCAAUACGUGAAAUGGGAAAAUGGAAGAGUUUCGGCAGUGAGCUACAAGGGAUAGCUCUGGGCAUUGAAAGAUCCAUCUUUAAGAAUCUCAUUGACGAAGUCAUAAGUGGUGAAGACAUGGGAAAGGUGUAAUUUUAGCAGUGGAAGUACAAAGGGGAGUUGUCUUUUGAGAAGCAUAUAGACUAAACAAUUUUGUUGUUUUCCUGUUUUCCAUGAAACUGACCUGAUGGUAGAAGUAAUGUAUGUUUAGCAGCUGCAAGAAUAACUAGGUUGUACAUAUAUAAAGUAAAGUUUCAUGUA